GCGCUUUUUUGAUGACGACAAAUGUGGCUUCUGUAAAAGCUAACAUGCUUCUGUGAGGACUGCAAAACCUGACAACAUGGCUUUAAAUCAGCUGAACCUGCUGCGACCACUGCUGUGUCAGACCCUGGUACGACAGGUCCGAUCUCCCCUCCUCGCCCCUUCAAGGUUUAGCAGACUACCUCUGAACCCCGGCACCCCCUGCUACCCACCUGCAGCGUGCUCCCGACUCUAUGCCACCAAGAAGUCCAAAGCCAAGGCAAAGGGCCAGUCGGCUAAGGUGAAUAUUAAUUCCGCUCUGGUGGAAGACAUCAUCAGUCUUGAUGAAGUGAGGCAGGACAUGACGGCUGUUCUCAGUGCGCUCAAAGAUGACUUCACACGCAACCUCAGCAUCAGGACCUCGGCAGGAGCUCUGGAUCACAUUGUGGUGACAACUCAAGAUGGGAAGUUCCCUCUCAACCAGCUGGGUCAGAUCUCUAUGAAAUCACCUCAGGUCAUUAUGGUCAACAUGAGCAGCUUCCCAGAGGCCACAGUGGCUGCCACCCGCGCCCUCAGAGAGAGUAGCAUGAACCUUAACCCUGAGGUAGACGGGACCAUCAUCAAGGUACCAGUUCCCAAAGUUACACGUGAACACAGAGAAAACCUCACCAAGCUGGCAAAGCAGUUGAGCAACAAGGCUAAAGACUCGCUGAGGAAAGUGAGAACAAACGCUGUCACACAGGCAAAAAGAGCGAAGGAAGGACACUCAGAGGACACAAUACGACUCGUAGAAAAACAGAUUCAGCAGAUGUCGGACAACAUUGCAGCUGACAUCGACAAACAGGUCGCAGCCAAGACCAAAGAGCUGUUAGGUUGAUUGUGAAGAUGAAAAGAAAUGCACAGGUUUCAUUUUCAAUACGGUGUCAUAAGAUAGACAUAAAGUGAUAUACUGUGAAAACAAUAGACGGUGACUCAAUCACUUUUGAGAGGUGUUUUUUUGAAUCAGGUUCAGUUUGAAAGCUUCCCACAAAGCAACAAGACUCUGUCCAGUUGUGAACAUUUUGGCUCUACUGGUUUCUGGUCACAUUACUGGUGAAGGUCUCCUUUUUCCUGCUGCUAGAUGUCUGUGUUUAACCAUCAGCACAUAAACAGAAAUGGGCUACGGAAACAACACUAACAACAACAAACUGACAGCCAGCUCUUCUCUUCAACUCAGCCCUACUCUUCCUGUCUUCAAACAAACAACCAAUGAGCAACAAAUGAACUUUUAAUGGGAUUUGCGGGCCUCCUCCUAAUCAAACCUCCUGCCACAAGGGCUGUCUGUUUACAUAAAACAAGCGCACCCGUCUGUGUGUAAACUGGCUGCGGGUUUGUCUCGGUGGCAGGAGCGCAGAAGAGAGCGUGUUCCAGAGUUGUAGGAUGUGAUUAGCGUGUUGCCAAACAUUUGUUUCACAUUGGUGCAAAAUCUGUUCAAAUAAUGCAUUUAAGAGGGGAAAAAAAAGACCUUUAACUUCUGAUGUCUGUGAGCAGCAUUAUUGAUGGACUCCAUUGAAGAAGAAAUGCUUUGUAUGCGUGUGUGCGUCAUCUUUCUCUCUUUUCUUUUCUUUUUCUCCACUUUGAGUUUGAAGUCAGACCCCCCCCCCCCCUUCUCCAUUACUUGGAGUGAUAAUGGACUUUUCCUGUGUAUGGACCUCUAGGCCCCUGCUUCAAUUGUCCAUCAGGAAAAGAGGCUUUUAAAUGUUGUACUCUUGGCCCUCUUUGUCUUUAAAUAGCUGCACUUUAAAGCCCCCCUCAGAAUUAGUAAAACAAGUUACUCAAAGUGCAUCAAUAUGAGAAGUGUUUCAAUAGGGAACCUAUCCAGCUACACACACACACACACUCACACACACAUGACUCUGCCUUCAUCUAUCUGUUGUUUACACCAGCGAGAGGCUUCCCGUACCAUUAUGUGGUCACUGUCUUCAUCUUUGUCAUGAGUUGUUUUUGCUUCCUCUGCUACUGGUCGCAGGCAGCCCACACUGCAGACGGGUUUAAUUUUGAAACUUUUUUGCCCACACACUUGGUCUUUUAGUCACCCGGUCAUUUGAUGAUUGCAGCACUUUUGCAACUUUGAAAACUUCUAAUUAUGUUUACGAAAAAAUGCUGUCCCGACUGCUUUAACAUUAAGAGAAUGAAUCGAGGAACAGUGACGCUGCAGAUCCAGAAGUGUUUUUGUUAUCUUUGGUGUUAGCUGGUAGUUCCACACUGCAGAUUGUGGCUUUAUUACAUUUGCCUUGGCCCUCUGUUUGCUGUAAUGGCCCAAACAGAGCGGAGCCAUUGGAUAAACAAGAGUUUAGCAGAGGAGUGGCUGGGUCAGGACAGAGGAGGGGCCGGGUGGAAAUGGCAGGUUUUUGUGGUGAUUCGAGGUCCAUAUGUCAGCAAUUUGAGGGCAUUGUGUACCUUGGCCUAAAACAGAGGCUUCAUGAUCGAUGGAGGGGUGAAAAUCUCCCCAGUCCCUGGCGCAGAACACAGGCGAGCACGAGGAAAUUGCUUUCAGCUGAUAGCUUCAUUUCGGUUGACAUUUAUCAAGUGAAUUACCCCUGUUCCUUUUGAAUGUUUACUACUACUACUAGCAACGCCUUGUGACAUAUGUGUGUGUGUCUGUGUGUGUGUGACUGCAUUUGUAUGCAAGUGCAACAGCUCUCUCUUUGUGUAAGUUCUGUUGUGUCUUUUGGCUGUUCCUCACAUAAAUAUACAACUAUGCAUUGGUUCAGUAAGCGUUUGAGAUGAUAGUCUUUUAUUCAUUCCCUAUCCUUUCACAGAAGGAUAACCGGUGUGGAACAUACAGUCGUAACCUCAAGUUGUAUUUUUACUCAAAAGCAUCAUUGCCUCAUACUCACAUGACACAGAUGAUAAAGACGAGUUGAAUGAAGACUUUUCACAACUUAAAUUUCACUCUUUGUAAUAAGCUGGUCAACGUCACAUUCACAGGAUAUCAGUCCAGUCUGAAAUUGCACUGUAACAGUAGCUCAUGUAACAUGAAGAUCACUGACUCAGUGAAGCCAGAACAGCAGUAAAAUCAAAGUUUUCCACACCUAGGUUGUGUCUGAAAGUAUUCCAUAAUGCCCCCCCCCCCUCCUCUUCUCUAUUAAGGAAGUUCUAUAUAGAGGAUUAUAUUGCUCAUGAGCUCUUUGGCAUAAUGGAAGAUAUUUGAAGAAACUAUCAGGGUAAUUAAUGUUUCUGUACAGUUGAUUACUACAUUACCUUUUUCCAGUACAAAGCAUUAUGGUAUUAAGUGCUGGCCAAGUCACCAUCCUUUGUGCACUGCUUUCCAUGUACACUGUCCACGAUGAAGGGUAUUGCAUUUCAAACUUAACAUACCAACAGCACAAUAAAAUGUCCAACACA